AGUGACGACUGACGAGGACUUGCACGAGUCCACCACUGCCUUUUCGUCUUUCGCCGAUCCACCUCGCCUUUCCCCCCCACCCACCUCUCGGUCACUCCCAUUCCAUGGCGAACGCGGCGGGAGGGCGCGGCGCCGACGACGACGCGUACCUGCAGGAGCUCAUCCGCGGAUCCGUGCCAGGCCCGUCGUCGUCGCGCCCGCGCGUGGCUCCGCUCACCGACGACGAGAUCGGCUGGUUCAGCUGCGGGAUCUGCAUGGAGACAAGGCUCGUGUUCGACCGGUUCCGCGCCGGCUGCGCGCACGAGUUCUGCAUCGAGUGCGUCGUCCACUACAUCGAGGGGCGCGUCGCGGACGGCGCGGUGCCCGUGCCCUGCCCGGAGCCCGGGUGCCGCGACGGCGCCAUGCACCCGGAGGCGUGCAAGAAGCUGCUCGACAUCGACGUCUUCGACGCCUGGUGCGUCGCGCUCUGCGAGCGCGCCGUCGGGCCGGCCCGCGCGCGGUGCCCCUACCGGGGCUGCGGCGAGCUGCUGGUGCUCGACGCCGCCGAUGCCGCCGUGACCGAGGCGAGGUGCCCCACCUGCUCGCGCGCGUUCUGCCUGCAGUGCGAGGGGCCGUGGGACGAGCGCCACGGCGGCGAAGGUUGCGUGAUGUCCCGGCUCGCCGAUGGGCGGAAUUGGACGCGCUGCCCGAGCUGCCGCGCCAUGAUCGACAAGACCGGCGGUUGCAGGCACAUAGUGUGCAGGUGUGGCACUGCCUUCUGCUACAUCUGCGGCUCGGCUUUUUCAGCGAGAGGUUGCAGAUGCAUUGGGCCACCAGGGGAGGAUGCUUACGCUGCCUUAACUCCGGUUAAAGCAGGACCUGAAUGCAAAACAGGCGUUUCGAUCGGCAAGUGUUGAACCGACCAAGUUAAUUAUCCAUUCUGUGUGACGAUUAUUGAUAAGAAACAGCAAUGCUGCAGAUUUGCAGCAAUGGAUGUCGGAAACAGCUUUGAGAGCUGUAGAGAGUUUCUCUGUGGCAUCUCCUAUCAGUCUUCUUCAGUGACAAUGUAGCCAAGGCAUUUCCCUAUGAGCACCUUUGCAUCCCUCUGUGGGGUGGGGGCAAUGUUACCAGAGCUUCUUUUUUUUAAUUC